GAAAGGCAGAGCUAAACACCUUCAAAUGUUAAUUGGUUUAAUGGGGUUGAAUAUGAUUAUAUUGUGUUAGAUUUUCGUUUCGGAAUGAGUCCUGCUUUGCUUCCUAAACAUGUAGCUGCAGUUUUGAAAUAUCAAAGGGAUCCACUCAAAGCGCUUCAAAUGUUCAAUGCAGUAAAGAAAGAAGAUGGAUUCAAGCACACUUUGGUAACCUAUAAGUGCAUGGUUGACAAGCUUGGGUUUCAUGGGGAAUUCGAGUCUAUGGAGAAAGUACUGCUAGAGAUGAGACUGAAUGUCGAUAACAGUCUCCUCGAAGGAGUUUAUAUCGGGUGCAUGAGAAAUUAUGGACGCAAACAGAAAGUUCAAGAAGCUAUCGAUGUGUUUGAGAGGAUGGAUUUUUAUAAUUGCGAGCCGACGUUUCUAUCUUAUAAUGCAAUCAUGAAUGUUUUGGUUGAACACGGAUAUUUCAACCAGGCACACAAGGUGUAUAUGAGAAUGAGAGAUAAAGGGAUUGUUCCCGAUGUGUACACUUUCACGAUUAGGAUAAAGUCGUUUUGUAGGACGAAGAGGCCUCAUGCUGCUUUGAGGCUUCUAAGAAACAUGCCUAUGCAAGGUUGUGAGAUAAAUGCAGCUGCUUAUUGUACUGUAGUAGGAGGGUUUUUUGAAGAGAACCAUCACACUGAAGCAUGUGAGUUAUUUGAUGAGAUGCUUAACCUCGGAAUUUCUCCAAAUAUCACUACAUUUAAUAAACUUUUACACAUUCUCUGCAAGAAUGGUAAUGUUCGAGAAAGUAAAAAGCUGCUGAAUAAGGUGAUAAAGAGGGGAGUAUCUCCAAAUUUGUUUACAAUCAAUAUCUUUAUCCAAGGGCUUUGCAAAAAAGGAGCACUUAAUGAGGCCAUUAGUUUAUUGAAUGGUGUGGCUGAGGAAGGUAUGAAACCAGAUGUUGUUACAUACAAUACCUUAAUAUGUGGCUUGUGUAAGAGUGCCAAGGUUGCAGAAGCCGAAAUAUUUUUGCAUAAAAUGGUGAACGAAGGUCUGAAGCCGGAUGGUUUUGCCUACAAUUCUGUCAUUGAUGGAUAUUCCAAAUUGGGCAUGAUACAAAAUACGGAUAAUAUUCUCAAUGAUGCAAUUUUCAAGGGUUUUAUUCCUGAUGAGUUCACCUAUUGUUCCUUAAUUAAUGGGUUAUGCCGGGAUGGUGAGACAGACCGUGCUUUGGCUGUAUUUAAUGAGGCUUUGGGGAAAGGAUUAAAGCCUAAUAUUAUUAUGUAUAACACUCUUAUCAAAGGGUUGUCUUUGCAGGGACUCAUUUUGCAAGCCUUGCAGCUGAUGAAUGAGAUGUUGGGAAAUGGUUGCAGUCCCAACAUAUGGACUUACAAUAUAGUUAUAAAUGGAUUAUGCAAGAUGGGAUGUGUCUCUGAUGCUAAUAAUUUGCUGAAUGAUGCUAUCAUGAAAGGUUACCUUCCUGACAUUUUUACGUUUAAUACGUUGAUCGAUGGAUACUGUAAGCAGUUGAAAGUGGAGAAUGCAGUCGAGAUUCUGAAUCAAAUGUGGAGCUAUGGUGUUAUUCCUGAUGUGAUCACAUAUAACUCGGUGCUGAAUGGCCUCUGCAAAACUUCCAAGUCCGAAGAUGUCAUGGAAACUUUUAAAACCAUGAUGGAGAAAGGGUGUGUUCCCAAUAUAAUCACCUACAAUAUACUUAUUGAGAGCCUUUGUAAAGCUCGUAAAGUUAACGAAGCAAUGAACUUGCUGGAGGAAAUAGAAAAUAAGGGUCUUUCUCCUGAUAUUGUCAGUUUUGGUACGCUGAUCCAUGGAUUUUGCAGUAACGGAGACCUGGACGGAGCUUAUCAGCUGUUUAGAAAAAUGGAACAAAGAUACAAGGUUUGUCAUACAACGGCGACGUACAAUAUUAUGAUUAAUGCCUUUUCUGAGAAGCUAAAGAUUAAUAUGGCUGAAAAGCUUUUCCAUGAAAUGGGUGAAAAUGGUUGUAUCCCAGACAAUUACACUUAUCGUGUCAUGGUUGAUGGCUUCUGCAAAACAGGAAGAGUCGAUUCGGGUUAUGAUUUCCUUCUGGAAAAAGUUGAGAAAGGGUUCCUUCCAUCUUCAACAACAUUCGGACGGGUUAUAAACUGUCUUUGCGUAGAGAAUAAAGUUCAUAAUGCAGUUGGUCUGAUCCACCUGAUGGUAAAAAAGGGCAUAGUUCCUGAGACUGUGAACACCAUCUUUGAGUCAGAUAAGAAGGAAAUUGCAGCUCCUAAGAUGGUUGUAGAAGAUUUGUUGAAAAGGGGACAUAUAACUUAUUAUGCAUAUGAUCUUCUUCAUGAUGGAGUUAGAGAUAAGAAGCUACUAAAGAAGCUUCAAAGUAGGUAAUAUCAUAUGAUUUAUAUAGGGGGUUGUAUAUUAUUGCUGAUUUGAACCAUAAAAUUUUUAAAAUGUUUUUAAACCAUAUUGAAG